CCGCACAUCACAAGAUGGCAAGUGACACUUGGUUGACGGAGUAUGACAGCUGUGCCAGGCUGGGACAAAAUCUGAUGGUGAAAAUCAAUGACAGAAAUAAACAUAACAGAACCAGUUCUACAUACACCAAGCUAACUGCCCAGAUACGGGUGUCCAUGAAACAGUUCACCACUGACCUCAACAAGCUGAAGCAGCAACUGAUCCGUGCCUCAUCCUCCUACCACAUAACUCAGAGAGAAGUGGAACGUCGACAAAUGAUGACUGAUAAUUUAACAACGAAAGAGAAACAGAUUGAACAAGCAUUUCGAAAUGAAGGAGGAGAUUCUAGGUACUCACUGAUGGGAUCAGGUGCAGACACGUUUGGAAGCAGUGAUCCCUGGGGGAUGAGGGACGAUCCUGAGGAGUAUCGUGACAUGUCUAACAAUGAUCUCCGAAAUCAACAACAACAGGUCAUACAAGAACAAGAUCGAGGAUUGGAUGCUCUCUCCAGUGUCCUGUCCAGACAGAAGCAGAUGGCUAUUGACAUCGGAGAUGAAGUGGACAGUCAGAAUGCCUUGAUAGACGAUAUUACUGAUCAUACAGACCGAACAGGAGAACGCCUGAAGAAAGAGACUAAACACAUUCGUAUAGUAGAUAGGAAAUCCAACGCAUGUUGUUACUGGGUUGUAAUUGUGCUGCUGUUCGUCGCCAUUAUUGUUGUGGCAGUCAUACCAAGUAAUGGGAAGGCUUGACAGAGGAAGUAAUAGGAAGAAUUUUUCAACUGUACCAGGUAUAUGUUCUAGAUGAGUUGCAAUAUGACAAUGUCCACAGAAGACUACAAUUUGUUGAUGGUUUUGAAAUUUUCAUUCUGACGGGACCAUAGAAUACUUGGAGCUAAUUUGCUUGGAUGAAUUAUGCUUUUAGUAAAACCAGAAAUUGGUAUGACUUGUUUAGAAGACGUCUAAUCACAUUUAAUAUUAAAGAAAUAUAGAUGAUGUGCAUCAGUGAUGGUUUGAACCAAUAUAUUGAAGUUCACCAUUAAUGAGAAUGGUUCUUACACUAUACUUUGCAAAAAUAGUUUUGACUUUCCUAGUUUGAUACUAGAUCUCAAAACAAUCCAUUAUGUAACAGAAUUCCAAUACGAACACAGAGAAGUGUGUACUACUCUACAUUUACCUAACAUUGGACUAUGGGAAGAACAUGUGGUUAUUGUGAGAGGGAAAUGUUUCUAUGACAGGAAAUAAACCCAGAACCUGUUUUUGCUUGAGAUCUUUUGAAAUAUGAUACAUCUUACUGAUUUCAAUGGAAAUUUCCAUUGAGGAAGAAGAAAUUUUGAUUUCACAAAUAUGUGAUGACAUAAUAGAUUAAUUUUAAAGAAUAUUUGUUGGUAAAGAGACCAUUAAACUAUUCAGUAACUAUCCUUUACAUCCUAAUAAUCAGUGGACGAUGAUGAAUGAGUGUGACAUUUGUAAAUUUGCAAAGAAGUUGAAUAGCAAGGAGAUGUUGAAGCCACUCAGUAACCUUCCUCCACACCCUCGUAUACAGGUGGACCGCCAGGACAUAGAGAGACAUACUGUAUGUAAAUUUGUGAGGAAGUUUAAUAAGGAGAUAUUGAAGUCAUUCAGUAACACUUUUUCUCUUAUUCUUUGUGAGGACUAAGUGGAAUGGAGUGAAAGAAGAAAGAUCAUGAGAUUAAUUUAUCUAGUGAUGAUGGUGAAAAUAUCUUCUUCUUUAUGAGAAUAUACCACUGUAUAUGUAUCACUGGGAGUUUGUAAAUAUGUACUGAUCAGAAACAUUCUUUGGUAAGCACAAGUCUUCUUAUUUUUUUGUUUUUUUUUUAAAUUUUCAUUUGCUCUGUAUCCCCCAUUAAUAUAACAUUUAUUUCUUAAAUACACAUCAAUUGUUGAAUUGGAAUAUGCCAUAUUCUAUAUAAUAGGGGCACCUGUCCUUGUAAAUUCAUCACAAUCAUUUUUCUGGGAAAAUAGGUAUACUUAACUACCAGUAAAACCCUUGAAAAUGUUUAAAUAUCAUUGAUCGACCAAUACAAUAAUCUUGGAUGAUUGUGUAAUCUUCUAACAAAAUUUCAUAUCUGUUACCAAAAUUUACUAUUUCAGCAUAUUUCAUAUAGAAUCUGCCAAGUAAACAGUGCAGUUGAGCACACAAUUUGCCUAAUAGGUUGGAAUACAAUAUGUUUUAUCAGUACAUGGACUUUAAUUUCAGCACCAUUCACUCUUAAGUCUUUGCACUGAUUUUUGUCAAGUGUUAAGUGUAGUGGUUUCAAAUAAAGAUCUGAUGUUGUGUAUCAUCACCUAUAGGAAUCUGCAAUAUGAGAUAUUGAUAUCAUACAGAUCUUACCAUACCUAUCUAGAUUGAAAUGGGGCUGUUAUUCUCCUGUGUUUUUACCAAAACCAGAAAAAAAAAUGAUUAAACCAAUAUUUUUAUGAUUAAACUUGACUCAGCAGAAAUAUUAUAAGACACAUAUGUAACAAUAUAACAGUUGUUUAUACUCUUGAAAUGACACACCUUGUUAUGUAUUAAAUGUGGAGAGAUAGAAACCUUAGAGUGUAGGCUUGCUUCCUGUGUCCAUACCCACUGUUCUGAGUGGUAUUGUGAUAGCAUAAAUGAUUGGUGCACACAUGUUAUAUUGUUGUAUAUUUUGUAUAUUGCUGGAGAUUAAAUUAUCAUACAGACAAUAA